AUGUUCACUAAGCAGACCCUGACCGCCUUUGUUGGCGCAUUGGCUCUGGCUUCGGCCAAGACCAUCUCUACCAGUGAUGAGUACCCCUCCGCUGCUGAGAUCGCCGCCUCCAAGGCCUCUGUCCUGCCUUACUCUCCCGUCUCGAACGUGAAGGGCUUGGCUUUCAACCGCUUUGCUCAGAUUUGGAUCGAGAACACCGACUUCCAAACUGCUGCGGAUGAUAAGAACUUUGCCAAGUUGGCCAAGGAGGGUAUCCUCUUGACCAACUACUUUGCCUUGACUCACCCCUCGGAGCCCAACUACGCUGCCUCCGCCGGCGGUGAUGCCUUCGGCAUGGACAACGACGACUUCCAGCAGAUUCCUGCCAAUGUCUCCACCAUUGCCGACAUGUUCGACACCAAGCGCAUUUCCUGGGGCCAGUACCAAGAGGAUAUGCCCUACGCCGGCUACCAGGGCUACCGGUACCCCGAGUCCGGAUCGAACGCGUAUGUGCGCAAGCACGACCCGCUCAUCCUCUUCGACUCCGUCACCAACGACGCCGUCCGUCCUCGCCAGAUCAAGAACUUCACCACCUUCUACGAGGAUCUUGAGCACGAGCGCAUCCCCCAGUACAUGUUCAUUACCCCCAACAUGACCAACGAUGCUCACGACACCAACAUCACCGUUGCCGGUAACUUCCUUGAGAGCUUCGUGCCCCCUCUCCUCAAGAACCACUACUUCUCCAAGGAUGCUCUUAUCCUGGUUACUUUCGAUGAGUCUGGGAACUACUCCGUCCCCAACCGUGUCUACAGCUUCCUCGUUGGUGGUGCCGUCCCCGAGCACCUGAAGGGUACCACCGAUGAUACCUUCUACACCCACUACAGCAUCAUCGCCUCCCUCGCUGCUAACUGGGGUCUUCCUUCCCUCGGCCGCUGGGAUUGUGGUGCCAACCUCCUUAAACUCGUUGCUGAGAAGACCGGCUACGUGAACUGGAAUGUCGACUAUGACAACGUCUACAUCAACGAGACUAACCCUGGUCCCAUGUCCGAUGGUGAUUACUCCACCUACGAGCCCCUGUGGCCCAACCCUGCUACCUCCGGCAAGUGUACCGCUGGACACGGCAUCCUUGAUGUCGUUAAGCGCACUUACCACGGCCUGAAGGCUACCUUCGACUACUCUUCUCCCGUUCCUUACGACUCCAGGUCGGGUACUAACCUUGGUAUCAAGUACUUCCGCACCGUGAAGGGAAAGAAGGAGACUCACAUUACUGCUUAA